AUGGGGGAAAAAAGAAUUGACAAAUAUCUGUUCAAUCCUAAGGAUCUUAUUGGGGAAGGUUCGUAUGCUUAAGUGUACAGGGGGAGAGAUGAAAAGACAGGAGUGAAGGUAGCGAUAAAAGUGUUAAACAAAUCAGUCAUUAACGCGUAAUUUUAGAUUGAUCGAAAUUUAGAGACGAUUAUUUAAGGGAAGGGUUGAUCUCAGAGAUAAAAGUAAUGUAGAAAUUGAAGAGUCCAAACAUUGUAUAAUUGAUGGAUGUAAUGGAAACCAAUAAUAAUUAUUAUAUAAUUCAAGAAUAUUGUGAUAGUGGAGAUUUGGACAAAUUGAUUGAGAAGUAAUUGUAAUAUAGUAUCAUUAGUUAUGUGGCUUAAAAGAAAACUAUGCCUGAGAAAGAUGCAGUCAAAUUUAUGAUUGACAUUUUGAAUGGAUUCAUUUAACUAAUUAAAAAUGGUAUUAUUCAUAGAGAUUUGAAACCAGCCAACAUAUUAAUAGACAAAGGAGUACAAAUAUCAUUAAUAUACUAGACCUUCAAAUUAGCAGAUUUUGGAUUUGCAAAAUGUGUAGACAAUUUUAAAAAGGAUAUGUUAGCAUCAUUGGUAGGAACACCAUUAUAUAUGUCACCACAAAUCUUGGAUAAUAAAAAAUACACUUCCAAGACUGACAUUUGGAGUAUUGCUUUUAUCUUUUAUGAGGCACUAUUCGGUAAAAGUAAGUAUCCUCUUUUCUAUUAACUCAUUAGCUCCUUGGACUGCUAGAUCACCUUAAGAACUCUUGAAGAAUAUCAGAAAUUAACCUUUGUAAUUCAAAGGACCUCAGAUCUCCAAAGAAGCAUNAGAUGUUUGA